AGCAGAGGGACAAACUUAAGCAGUUAAUGCACAACAAUAAUAAAAAAUAAAGGACAACAAAAAUAUGUCACAAUUUGUACUAGUUCCAAGUUGAGUAUUGCAAUAUGUGUGUAUGGCAUAUAUGCUGAAUUGUUAACGUUCCAUGUACGACAUUUGCUUUUGUCUUUCAGAUAAAGUCACAGUCAGUGUCAGCUUUGAGGCAAUAACCAACAGAUGCUAUGGUUUUGUUUAUGUGGAGAUGAACGAUCAGAAAAGGGCCGUGUGUUCUAACAAGUGGGGCAGAGCAGAGAGUGAAGUUGUCUGUGGGGAGCUGAACUGUGGACAUGUUGUUAGUCAUGAACAGAGGCCUUUACAAGGAAAAGGGAUCAUGGACCAAGUCAGUUGUUUGGGCAAUGAGACUUCGAUAUGGCACUGCAGAGCCAUGCGUUCCCUUUCAAUCGCAUGUCAUAACAAAGUUUUUGUUGUCUGUUCAGAAAGCGUGGACGUGCGAUUAAAAGAUGGACUCGGCAAAUUCAACGGUAGAUUGGAAAUCUUGCACGGAAACAUGUGGAUGCCGGUCUCUAAAGAGCAGUGGGAGGAUGUCAACUUGGACGUUGUCUGCAAACAAGUGGGCCGCAGGAACAGUCGACGUGCACUGGAAAAGUACAGCACAGACUCCAAGAAUUUUCCGUACCGACUGCAGUGCAACAAGAACGCUGUACACAUUUCGGAGUGCAUUACAGAAAAUGCCACAACAUCAUUACUUGAUGCAAAACCAUUGGAAAUAACAUGCAAGGAGCACAAGCUUCUAAUUCUGAAAGGCGAUGAUCCAUGUUCUGGCCUGGUAGUGAUAGAGAAAAAGGAUCAAACGUACUGGCUUUCUGGGUCAAAUGCCACUUGGAAUCAAGAGUCAGCAAACGUUGUGUGUCAGGAGAAGCAUUGUGGGAACGCUUCCUCCUUCUAUGCCUCCUUCCUCAACAUCACUAAUCAGACAAGUGUUUGGGAUCAGUCCUACAACUGCUCCCCUGGUGCCAAAUCUCUGUUCGACUGUGAAACUCAUCUGGAGCAGCCAUCUGACCACAACAGUUCCAUUGCUGCAGUCAAGUGUUCAGAAAAAAUCACCAUCUCUCUGCAGCACCAGUGCUGGGGCGAAGUCUCCAUCUGUAUGGAUGGGAAGUGUGGAAGUGUAUGCCAGGAAUCCCUGUCACAAGUAUAUCCCGAUUUGUGUAAAAGCCUCCAGUGCGGGGAGAAAGUUGUGAAAACAAGUAAAAUACUACCAAAAACAAACACAACGAUCAAGAGGUUGCACCAGACCAGACACACCACUAACCUGACACAAAGUAUUUUUGUUAUGAGCGAAGAGCACGACAUCUGUACACCAGCCUAUGUGGUUUGUUCAGGUAGCCUCAAACCCAAGUUGAGCGGCGUGGACAGAUGUUCUGGAAAUUUGGAGGUUUUCCAAGAAGACACAUGGCUGUCAGUCUGCAAACAAGAUCAUUCUAAGAACGUGCACAACGCCAUUUGUCAAGAGCUGCAGUGUGGUGAAGAAGUUGAAAUCACUCAAGACACUGGACCCGCCCCGGCAAACACGAGGUUUUCAAAUCUCAAGUGUAAUAGAAACAGCCAAUCUUUGUCUGAGUGUGAGGUCUCUACUGCUAACAAGGCCUGUAAAGCUGCUGUACUCAAGUGCACUGGCUGGAGGAAAAUGAGAACCCUCAACACUUGCAGUGGACCCGUCUUAGUUUACUCAAAAGGACAGAGAAGUGCUGUGGCUGUCGAAGGAUGGACAGAAAAGGAAGGGGAGAGGCUUUGUUUAGAUUUACAAUGUGGUGGCUUCAAGUCACUGAAGGGCCACAACACCACGGAGAAGCUUUUGUUCUGGAACGGGAGCUUUCGCUGUGAAAAUAACGAAACAAACAUCUGGGCCUGUGAAAAGCCAACGCCACCCUCAGAAAAGCAGCAGCUCUUUAUUCAAUGUCAAGAUACUCCAAAAGUCAGCCUUUCAGAAAACUGUCACGGGCUGGUCAAAAUAGAUGGCAUAGAAGUGUGUAACAGUUUCUGGAACAUGGAGAUGUCACACAUGGUUUGCCAGGAACAAAAUUGCAGCAAUGCUAUUACUCCCACUAAAACCAUAGGUGCGAAAUCUAAUGCUGACUACUACCAUUCUUACCAUUUCCAUCAUGAGCUUGGCCAGUGUUGGAGGGUAACGGGAAUGUGUGGUCCUGGGAAAGAGCUGGUGUCCGUUAACUGCAUCGGUUCUGUUUGGUUCAGUACUGACCAACGAUGUGGGGGCCAGCUCAAGAUCAGUUAUGGAGAUAAGUUGGAGAGAGUCUGUCCGAUGGAUUUCUCCUCAAAGACAAGCGAGGAUCUUUGUCGUGCACUUGACUGUAACGGUCACAACCAAACCUUAAGAACCAGGGAGAGCACAGAGAAGGUGAAUUUGGAAAUGUCUUUUAAAUGCGAACAAAAUCACAAAGACAUCAGAUACUGUGUCACUUCGAAAUCGUGUACAGGAGUCAGACCUGCUGAGAUCUACUGUAACGGGUAUGAGUAUCUUCAACCUGCCAGUAGUCCGCCAUCGACAGCGGGUCAUUAUGAGUGGCUGGGUUUGCCGAUUCUGAUCGUUGCAUUGAUCAUUUCAAUUUGCAUCGUCAAGAAAUUCAAAAAAACAUCUCUUUCCAAAAAAGAGAAAGUGCUGUCAAGGAAGGCAGCAGAGAUCGAAAGUGGAGAUUAUGAAGAAGUCCACAGUGACGCAAACGAAAUGGAGGAGUUGGACAAAAGAACGUCAAGAUCACCGACUGAGAGUCUUACAGCCGAACAAGCUCGCGGCUCCCCCUCUUUGACCAACGGUAAAGAAGCCAAGGCCCAGCCACUGAACUCAGAGCAUUUAGAGGGUACUCGUUAAGAAAGGAAAGCAAAGGCUAAAGUGCAGGGACAGCCUGGCUUUGCAAACUUGCCGGUUCAACAUAGGGGGCAGCACGCUACGCUAACACGAUGGUAACAUGAUAAUCUACGACAUAGUUGCGUGAGAUUAUGAGAGCCACAAUGAA